AUGCCGCCAAAGCAGCAAUCGAAAGCUGAUAUAGCGAAGAAGCAGAAGAUUGUAGAGGACAAAACCUUCGGUCUUAAGAACAAAAACAAGAGCAAAAAUGUUCAAAAGUAUGUCCAGAACCUUAAGCAAUCCGUGCAGCCCAGGGUUGAUCCUGCCAAAGUCGAUGCCAAG